AUGAUUGAAGGGUAUGUACUGGCAUUGAAAGCAAUAGCUCAGGCUUCUAAGAACCCAUCUGUGCACUUCAGUGUGGUCGACAAAGAUGCCUCCCUGAUUGCGGCUUGGAAUUCAGACCACAUCCCCAUAUUCGAGCCUGGCCUCGAAGAUAUCUUAUUUGAGGAUGGCAAAAUCCAGGAGAACGCACUUCGUGUUUUGUUACACGAUCAUGAAGGGAGGCGGAGGAGAAGGCUUGCGAACAUAACCUUCUCUGCUGAUUAUAACACACACAUAUCGGACGCCAAUAUUAUUUUCAUUUGUGGUGACAUUUCGGGAGAAGUCUCUUUUCCUGAUAGCGAUGAGAUCAGAGGUCUCGACCUGAAGAAUCUAGAGUCAGCCCUCAAGUCAAUCGCGCAACUAUCAAAAGGGCACACAGUUAUGGUCCAGAAAAGUACUGCACCUAGUGGGAUUUGUCAGUGGAUCAAAAGGAAGCUGAAAGAUGCCGCUCCACCAACGGCCUCAUUCGACAAAAUAUCGAGCCCCGAGUUUCUAGCUCAAGGCACCCCAAUGCAAGAUCUCUUGAGCCCUAACCGGGUGGUGAUUGGCUAUGAACCAGCAGCAGACGGCGUUGUUCCUGAGUCAGAACGAAUAGUCACGACCGACACAUGGUCAUCAGAGCUAGCCAAAAUUGCUUCCAAUGCACUCAUUGCACAGCGUAUCAGCAGCAUAAACUCCCUGAGUGCAGUCUGCGAAGCCACUGGCGCAAGCGUCACCGAGCUCUCUCGUAUUGCUGGUCUGGACCCACGUAUUGGUCCUCUGUGUCUGCGAGCCGGAUUCGGAUUCGGUGGGUCUUGUUUACGCAAAGACGUCUGCUGCUUGAUCUAUCAAGCCCGUGAGCUAGGAGUUGACGACGUGGCCGAGUACUGGCGGGGGGUGAUUCAAAUCAAUGACUCCCAAUCCACACGCAUCACGAAACGGAUAAUGUCAUUUUUGCCCUCUGAUGUAUCAGGGACAGAGACGAAGGCAGCAAUUCUUGGUUUCUCUUUCAAGAAAAACACAACGGAUAUUCGGAAUACCACCGCGAUUAGGCUGAUUCGAGAUUUUGUUGGCCGUGGAUUGUCCGUCAAUAUAUUUGAUCCGCACGUCCCGAGGCAACGCAUUGAAAAGGCUUUGAUGCUACAGUGUGGUGCGGCUCAUGUGAAUACUGAUGUGGUAGAGAGCACCGAGGCAGCGUGUGAAGGGUGCAGCGUGAUUGUGUUGCAUAUCGACUGGGAUGAGUUUGUAGGAGGCAGUGUGGAUUGGAAGGAUAUUGUUGCUCAGAUGCGAGAACCAAGGUUGUUCUUGGGACCUCCUGGGUUAUUUCAUGUAUACAAGAUGAAGCAGUAUGAAUUUACUGCUCUGGAGGUAGGGAAGCCGUAG